CUUCCUCUGCUCACAGAAUCAAGCGCUCUCUCUCUCUCUCUCUCCAGCCCAGGCUCCGGGAUAAAAAAGUCAAUUUUAACAGUCUAAUUAGCGAGAACUACACUCACUUAAAACUUUGACUACAUUUUUACGAGUGAACGUCAAUACUGAAGUGUUUGCUGUAAUUCGGCGCUGAAGAUAGUUGUUCCCUCUGCAACACAGCCGGUUGAUUUUGUGAAGUGUUAACGCAGAUCCAGCUUUCAGACGGAGGGGAACGGCGCCAAAUGUGCCUCUCAUAAGGCACAUGGAGGUUAAAAUAUCUCUGAUUUCUGGUCGGGAAAACGAGGAUAAGAAGAAUAAAACAAAAAGAGGGGAGUAACAGGAGGUGUAUGUUGCCCCUCACUGUAGUUUCCCUGCCACUACCAUGAGUUGGAGUUUCCUGACUCGGCUGCUGGAAGAAAUCCACAACCAUUCCACAUUUGUGGGCAAGAUCUGGCUCACUGUUCUCAUUGUUUUCCGCAUAGUGCUGACGGCCGUAGGAGGUGAGUCCAUCUACUACGAUGAGCAGAGCAAGUUUGUCUGCAACACAGGCCAGCCAGGCUGCGAGAAUGUCUGCUAUGACGCCUUCGCUCCACUCUCCCACGUCCGCUUUUGGGUUUUCCAAAUCAUUCUGGUCGCCACUCCUUCACUCAUGUACCUGGGCUACGCCGUCAACAAAAUUGCUCAUGCAGAGGAGCAGGCAGACAGUGGGGGGGGCAGGGGCUUUUCACGGAAGAGACCCAAGAAGCACUAUCUUGCUGGCAGAAAGCAGCACAGGGGCAUUGAAGAGGCCGAGGACGACCAAGAAGAAGACCCAAUGAUCUAUGAAGUGGCGGAGGAGAGUGAUGACGGCGGGACAGCGAAAGGAAACAGCGGCGACGGACGAACGAAGGUCAAGGUGCGCCAUGAUGGGCGCCAACGUAUCAAAGAGGAUGGACUGAUGCGGAUAUAUGUCCUACAGCUCUUGGCCCGCUCCUUGCUGGAGGUGGCUUUCUUGUCUGGACAGUAUGCCCUUUAUGGAUUCGCUGUGCCCGCCAGCUACUCCUGCUCCACCCUGCCCUGUCCUCACAGUGUGGACUGCUUUGUGUCACGGCCCACUGAGAAAACUAUCUUCCUCCUCAUCAUGUACACAGUCUCUCUGCUCUGUCUGGCGCUCAAUAUAUGGGAGAUGCUUCACCUGGGCAUAGGAACCAUCUGUGACAUCGUGCGCUCCCGCCACGCGCAGCUCCCCGGCGACGAGCUGUACGGGUUGACGCGAGGACAAGGAGCUCUUAAUGAGGCAGGGUUGAGCGGAGAGGAUUACAGCAGCUACCCUUUUUCUUGGAAUGCGCCGUCAGCUCCACCUGGGUACAACAUCGCCAUCAAGCCUCCUCUGGUAUCUACAGGGCACCACGAGCAACCACUACCCAUCACUGAUCUCACUAAUGCCAAGAUGGCGUGCCAGCAGAACCACGUGAACAUUGCCCAAGAGGAGCGGCAGCAGUACGCCAAUAAUGAUGAAAACCUGUGCAGAGCAGGGAUGGGAGAUGCCCCCAGAUGUGUUCAUAAGGACACUUGUCAGGCUCAGAACAGGCUGGAGCCUGACAGUCAAGCCUACAGCCAGCCACAGAGCCACAGUAAUAACCACAGCAAGCCUCACCGUGAACGUAAACACCGGCAGGCCUCCAAGCACACCUCCAGCAAGGCAGACACAGACCGAGGCAGCAGGAGCACCAGCAGUAGCAGCAAAUAUGGAGUCAUAAAGGGUUCCGAGUGGAUCUGAAAUAAACUUUUUUUUCAUUUUUAAACACCGUAGAUCUUUCUCAGACACGCAGUAUUUACGUUUGUGUGUCCAUACUGUGGACACGGCACCCAGUUUACAUUCUAGUAGUGGUCUAGUAUUCAUAUGAUUUAAAUAGUUGUACGUGAUUGUUAGUGUCAGGAUCUACCUUGUACCAGUCCACUGAUAGCUCUCUCCUCUGAGGAUCUAACAAUGAAUGUGAUUUACCCACGAAAUUAAAAACCUAAACAGUCCCAGAGAUAAUGAAUGGUACGUUAAUGCAGAUAUAUUACAGAUACAUUACAGGGAUUCUAAUGCAACGUAUUGAUUUAGGGCUGAAACAUCUCACUGAUUAGUUAAUUGUUUAAGUCAUUCAACAUUUCAACAUUCAUUACUAAUGGGACAUUGUGAUUUAUGGGCAUUUUUCUAACAUAAACUAAACAAUAAAUUGAUUAAUUCAAUAGUUGCAGCCCUAUUCUGAUAACAGUUUACACAAGUAUGCAAAGAAAAUAUAAUAAACAAUAUGUUUAUCCUGUAUUACAAUACAAAUUUGGUCUAAAAGCAUUGGGGAAAAUGGAAAAAAUAUUUAUUUAUGAUGAGCAUCAGCUUGUGCCUGAGACUAAGGUUUUAACAUAGUGUAUACACUGUAAGUAUUCAAGUUUAAGUAGCCUUAAACCUCAGUACAAGAUAGAUUCUGCUACUAAUAUGUAAAUGACAUUAAAGAUAAUGUAAAGGGAAUGAGAAAAGAUGUAACCCUUUAAGUGUGUGACAGACCUGGGUAACUGUUUGUUGUCGCUGUGUUCAACAUUAUAUUACAGUGGAGUAAAAGUAUCAUAAUAACUUUGUAUAUUUUGUUUAAUCGAUUUUGCAAGAAGAUGCUGGUGCUGUCUUUGUUUCCCUGUGAAUAUGCAGACGCUUCCACGCUAUUACCUAAGGUGCCUUACUUAUAAAAGUCUCGCUUCCUAUUGAUUCUGCAUCAUUUUAAGUACAGCUGUUGAUUAAGUCUUGUUUUCUACAAACUCUCCUCACCACUAUGGGCUGAAAAAAAGACAUCCUACUGUCUAUGUGACUAGUUUCAUUACCAUCCAUUGGUUAACUUUUGAAUAUUGUUUCUAAAUAUGCAAAAUGUAAUUGAUAUUUUCAUUAAACCAGGUUUGUUUACCAGCCAUAAAGAAAGAAAUAGAAUAUGUUUUCAGUAGGUAAGGUUACAGUGUUUGUGUAGUUUAUUUUGGAGAGAGAGACAGGUGUUUUUACACAUUUGGAAAUAUAUUGGUCAGUGGAAGUAUUUGGCGAAACCCUGUUGUUGAAACUGUUGUCAACGUCUUAUUGUCAAGCUGUUAAAAUUGUUGACACUUGUUUUGUUUGUUUGAAGUUCGUGCUAUGGAGGUUUUCUCAACCAGUUUUACAUAAUCUAGAUUUACAUUUCCAGGCCUGGUAUGAAGAAUUCAGUGUUAUUAAUACAUACUUUUAUUUUCAAAUUGAAAUGUCAUUAAGGUUGGCCCUUUGCAGUGUGCCAGUGUUUUUGUGAAAAAUAUUUUUCUAACCAAAAAGUGCAUGUUUUGAAUAAAGAAUUGUUACU